UGCUUAUGCUUGGGCUGCUUGGCAGCUAUUUCAGCUUGGCUGCCUGGACCGGGGCAGCCCAAAAGCAGCAUAAAUGCGGCGAACGACGAACGAAACAGCAUAGACCAUAGCCAUGCUGCAAAUUUUCAUCGCCCUAAACCUGGCUGCACUAAUUGGUCUGAGGGUAUGGCGCCCGGAGCCAGAACCCGAAACCAAGCCCGUAUGCCUCAUGUCCCCCGCGGAACUCUGGGAGCUCUUCGCGGGGCUCGACGCGGACGGCAGCGGGUCCCUCGACGGGGAAGAACUCGGCGCGUUACUCAAGACUAUCGGAGCUGUGGCCUUCACGCAUCCGCUCGGGUUCCUGCUGCUCGUGGGCGCCGCGUCGAUCGGCGUACGGGCCUGCUUGCGCCGUGGCCGGCGCACCCUCACGGCCGUCUGCAUCGCGGCCAACGCGUGCGCCGGCGCCCGGCUGGCCUACCACUGGAAUGACUUCUCAUUUUGCUGCAUCCCCUUUUUCCUGACGGCGGCGGCGGUGGGCCGCCUGCACGGCGCCGAGCGACGGUCUUUUGGCACCGUUUCUCUACUUUCGAUACUCAUGUUAUGCAAGGCGGCACCGUUUCUAUACGUCGCAUUUCUAUUUUUACUGUUCGGCGGGUGGUUAGUGGAGCGUUGGUACUCGCGGUUCAUCGAGCGUUGGGACUCAGGCUACGCGUGGCUCGUCGCGCGUUGGGACGACGUCGAGUACUGGCAAACGAUCUGGCAAUCGCCGUCGCUGCUGGAGUGGCUCACUAGCUUUCCAGGGGUAUUCUUUUUCCCCGGUGUGGAGCCAUGCCUUUGGUACGCGGCCAUCGUCGCACUGGACCUGAAGGUCGUUCGCCUCCUCGCGUACGGAGGCGCGGAAAGCUGCCCUCGCGUUCUAGCUGCAUGACGAGGAGGCGCCGCCGCCGGCGUGGUGGCGUGCGUUUAUUAUCGAUAUGUGUUUGUGUAAGUACCUACGUGUGUUUCUGAG